AUGUCUACGUCGUCGUCAAGUGAUGAGUUAGAUAGUAAUUUAAUGUUGCCAGAAACUAGUAAUACACCGAAAAUCAUUAAUGAAAACCUUCUACCUUCAAAAUCAAAGCAAAGAUAUAUCGCCACUUACGACAGCUUCGUGCAGUGGAAAAUUAACAAAAAAGCUAAUACAUUUUCUGAGGAUGUUUUUCUGGCGUACUUUGGUGAAUUGGCUGAGAAAUACAAACCAUCAUCUUUAUGGGCUAUCUAUUCAAUGUUGAAGACCACUCUGAUGACGAAACACUGUGUCAAUAUUAAGAAUUACGCUAACUUGAUGGCUUUUCUGAGGAAAAAGUCUGAUGGAUUUAUAAGUAAAAAAUCCAAGGUUCUGUCUGCGGAACAUGUUGAAAAAUUCCUAAAUGAUGCUCCAGACGCUAAAUAUUUAGCCACUAAGGUUGCACUUAUAUUUGGAAUAACUGGUUCAUGCCGGCGUCAAGAACUAGCCGAUAUAACUGUAAAUGAUAUAGAACAACACAAUGAAAUGUUGCUUAUUAAGAUUCCUAAAACAAAGAAUAAGAUUCCCAGAUCAUUCACAAUACAGGGCAAAUUUUACAAAAUUGUGAAAAAAUAUGAAUCCCUACGGUCAAAGAAAGGGAAUAGUAACCGGUUUUUUCAACAUUUCCAAAACGGAAAGUGUACAUCCCAACUUAUCGGCAAAAAUAAAUUUGGUAGUAUGCCCAAGGAAAUUGCAGAAUAUCUAAAUCUCUCAGAUGCCAAGUUGUACACUGGACACAGUUAUCGCAGAACUGCGACAUUGCUUGCUGAUUCUGGAGUUGACAUUAUGGGUUUAAAUUGGCAUGGAGAUUCCAUUUUGAGGUCAAGUGAGAAUGUAGAUUCAAUGCCACAACCUUCCACUCCAUUUACAAGUGAAGAGUUGUUUUCCCUCCCGUCUAGUAAAUCUAGCAAUCUUGCUGAAGGAUAUGUUGAAGCUUCCAUAGACAAUAAAAAUAUUGACAUUCAAUUUUCAGAUUCUAUGUUGAGGUCAAGUGAGAAAGUAGAGUCAAUGUCACGACCUUCCACUCCAUAUACAGGUGAAGAGUUAUUUCCCCUCCCGUCUACAUCUUUCCCAAAAGUAGAGAUAGACCCGCAGAAAAGCCCACUAUCAGAAUCGCAUCCAACGCCACCUGAUACAAAUACUUUGCAUUCCGCUGAACUUAAUGUCAACAAUAAUUUAACACAAACCAUUAAACUUCCAGGAAAGAAUGUUACUUUAAAUUUAACCAAUUGUAACGUCACUUUAAAUUUUAGUCAUUAA